AUGGCCAAAGGAACGGAUUCGAACGAGUUUAUGGUUCUUUCUAGGGUUCGAACAGGUCUCAAGAGAGAGUUUGCAUUUGCAAUGAAGGCUCAAUCUGAGAUCGAUGGUUCAUUAGGUCGAACCCGUGGUGGUAGUAAGAACCGGAAUGAGCCUCCGGUUCAGGCGUCUCCGGUUGGGAAAAGGGCCAGAAAAACCGCUUUUGGUAAGAAUGUUGAUGAUGUGGGUGGCGGUGUUUUGAGUGAGGAAGAGGCUAAGAGUGAUGUUGUGGAUCUUGGUAGCGAUGAUGAACCCAGGAAUCUUGAAUCGGUUUUUGAAACUGUUUUAGUUGAGCCGGUGAAGGAAGAUAAAGAUAUGAUGCAUGGGAUGGAAAUAGAGUCUGUGAAACCUGAUGUUUGUGAAACCCUUGAGGAAUCCAAAGAGGAAACAUGUACUCUUGAUGUUAAGGGGGGUAAUGUUAAGAAGAAGAAGGUGCCUUUAGAGAAACCAAUGAGAAGGUUUACAAGAUCAGCGUUGAAAGAGAAAGAUGAAGAAAUUAAGGUUUUGGAUAAUGUUGAUGUUGGAAUUGAUGAUGAUGAUGAUGAUGUUGAAAAGGAAAAAACUGAGGUUUUACCUGUUAUGGUAAAUGCAACUCCAAAGAAAUUGUAUAAAUCUUCUAUGAAGAGGUUUCCUAUUAAGCUAAAAGAUCUUUUGGCUACAGGGAUUCUUGAGGGGUUGAAGGUGAAAUAUAUCAAGGGACAGAAGGCGCGGAAACCUGGAGAAAAAGAUUUUCGAGGAGUCGUUAAAGACGCAGGGAUUUUGUGUUUUUGUGAUAGUUGUAAGGGGAUUCAGGUUGUCACGCCGACAGUUUUUGAGUUGCAUGCUGGUAGUGCUAAUAAACGUCCCCCAGAGUAUACUUACCUUGAGAAUGGAAAAAACCUUCGCGAAGUCAUGAAUGCCUGUUCAGGUGUUUCGUUGGACAUGUUGGACGAAGCUGUACAAAUGGUCCUUGGUGAUUUCAUUAUUCAGAAAUCUACUAUCUGUUUCAACUGCAAAGGUUUAAUUUCUGAAUCUAGUAAUGGUGUGUCAAAACUAGUAUGCAAUCCAUGCAUGGAGUUGAAAGAGACUCAAUCUAACCUUCAAGCAGCAACAACACGCAGUAAAAAUAUUUCCUCAGUAGUUCAACCCAGAUCACCAGAAACAGUAGCAGUUUCAGAGUCAUUAAAAACUGAGAAGGCUGUUCCAAAGUUGCUAAACACCGAGAUGGUGGUUCCAAAGUCGCUAAACACCGAGAUGGUGGCUCCAAAGUCGCUAAUCACGGAGAUGGUGGUUCCAAAGUCGCUAAACACGGAGAUGGUGGUUCCAAAGUCGCUAAACACGGAGAUGGUGGUUCCAAAGUCGCUAAACACGGAGAUGGUGGUUCCAAAGUCACUAAACACCGAGUUGGUGGUUCCAAACUCAUCAAACACCGAGACGGUGGUUCCCAACUCAGUAGACACCGAGAUGGUAGUUUCGGAGUCAUCAAACACACAGAUUAUUCCAAAGGCAUCGAACACUGGCAUGAAGCAGGGUGCAUCUCGUGGCAAGAGUCGGGGAAAAAUAACUAGAAAGGAUCUACGGUUGCAUAAGUUGGUAUUUGAAAAUGACGUGUUACCGGAUGGAACUGAAGUAGCUUACUAUUCUCAUGGAAAGAAACUAUUGGUCGGUUACAAAAAGGGAUAUGGAAUUUUUUGUACCUGUUGCAAUGCGGAAGUUAGUGCAUCUCAGUUUGAAGCACAUGCUGGAUGGGCAUCUCGGCGCAAGCCUUACCUGCACAUAUAUACCUCUAAUGGAGUCUCACUACAUGAGUUGUCCCUCUCUCUAUCAAAAGAUCGGAGAUUUUCUGCCAGUGAUAAUGAUGAUCUUUGCAGCAUAUGUCAAGAUGGAGGGGAUCUUUUGUGUUGUGAUGGAUGCCCAAGGGCUUUUCACAUAGAUUGCGUGCCUCUGCCAUGUAUUCCCAGUGGUACUUGGUAUUGUAAAUACUGCCAGAAUAAUUUCCUGAAGGAGAGUAAUGUGGAACGCAAUGUGAAUGCUCUAGCAGCUGGAAGGAUUGCAGGCAUCGAUCCUUUAGAACAGAUUAACCGUAGAUGCAUACGCAUUGUCAAAAGUGUAGCUGUUGACCACGGGGGAUGUGCCCUGUGUGGAUGUCAUGAUUUUGUUAAAUUAUUUGGUCCUCGUACAGUGAUUAUUUGUGAUCAGUGUGAAAAGGAAUAUCAUGUUGGGUGUUUGAAGGAACAUAACAUGCAGAACCUAGAGGAAUUGCCUGAAGGGAAUUGGUUCUGUUGCACAAGUUGCAGUCAAAUUCAUUCUUCUCUAGUGAAUUUGGUUGCUUCUGGGGAGAAUUAUCUCCCUGAUUCUAGUCUAAGUUUGAUCAAAAGGAAGUGUAAAGAGAAAGGUGUAGACACUGACGUCGAAGAGAAAGAUGCAGACACUAGCGUUGUAGAUAACGGUGCAGACUCUGGCAUCGUAGAUGGUGCAGAUGCUGGCCUUGUAGAUAAAGGUGCAGACGCUGACGUUGUAGAUGAAGGUGCCGACGCUGUUGUUGAAGAGAAAGGUGCCGGCGCUGUUGUUGAAGAGAAAGGCGUAGACACUGACGUCGAAGAGAAAUGUUUAGACACUGAUGUUGGUCCUGAAAUUAAAUGGAGGGUUCUGAAUUGGAAGUUAGUUGUAUCUGAUGAAAAUAAGCAAUUGUCUGACGAAUAUAGGCAAGUGCUUUCGAAGGCUGUUUCCAUCUUCCAUGAGAGGUUUGAUCCUAUAGUCGAUUCUUCUUCUGGCCGGGAUUUCAUUCCGACAAUGCUGUUUGGUAAGAAUAUUCGCGGACAAGAUUUUGGCGGAAUGUACUGUGCAGUGCUCACUGUCAAUCGGGUUGUUGUUUCUGCUGGAGUAUUUCGUGUUUUUGGGCCAGAAGUAGCUGAACUUCCCUUGGUGGCGACAGUUGCAGAGUACCAGGGACAGGGGUACUUUCAAUGCCUAUUCUCUUGCAUUGAGAGACUACUUGGAUCACUUGGCGUGAAAAACCUUGUCCUACCGGCUGCUGAUGAAGCUAAAUCAAUAUGGACCAACAAAUUUGGGUUUAAAAAGCUCGAGCACGACGAGAUUAACAAUUAUAAGAGAUUUUAUCAUAUGAUGAUCUUUCAAGGGACCUCCGUACUACAAAAGCCUGUUCCUGCACUACCAAGUGUUUCUCAGGAGAUUGUGUAA